AUGACCGCUCAUUUCCUUCCAACCCCCCCAGUUCAGCAAGUCACCAAGCCAACUAUGGAGACAACUGUCACUCCCGUUGAGGUCGAGGCCGAGGUUGAGACCGACGGCCCUCUCUUCCCCUCCAACCUCAUUUCUCCCGAAGUGAUCUCCCUCCUGCCCACAGACUACACCAUCCGCCCGAUGCGCCGCUCAGACUACAACCGCGGCUACCUGGAUGUGCUGCGUGUUCUCACCACCGUCGGUGACAUCAGCGAGGAGGCGUGGAACUCGCGCUACGAUUGGAUCACCUCGCGCAAUGACGAGUACUACAUGCUCGUAGUCUGCGACGGUGCGGACCGGGUCGUGGGAACCGGCAGUCUGAUUGUUGAGCGCAAAUUCAUUCACUCGCUCGGUAUGGUUGGACACAUUGAGGAUAUCGCCGUUGAGAAGAACCAGCAAGGCAAGAAGCUUGGAUUGAGAAUCAUUCAGGCUUUGGAUUACGUUGCUGCCCAUGUUGGCUGCUACAAGAGCAUUCUGGAUUGCUCGGAGGUUAACGAGGGUUUCUACCUCAAGUGUGGCUUCAAGCGCGCUGGCCUUGAGAUGGCCCACUACUACUAG